AUGAACUCACUGAAGCCCAAUAAAGUUGAGCCGUUGCAUCCUGAUGAUGUCCCAGAAGCAUCCGAUACCUCCAACACUGACGACUUGGAGCUCCUUGAGAAGGCUCCACACCAAUCUUUCUCUACGACGGACAUGACUGGCACUGUUGAAUCUCACAACUAUGAAGACUCGGAGCUUCUUGAGAAAGCUCCUCCAGUCCAAGAAGACAACGAUAUGGGCCCAGAAGACAACGAAGAAAGUGGCAAGAGUUGGUUUCGAAUCAUCAUUUUUCUUGCUGCUUUCAUAUUUGGAAUUGUCCUCUGCUUCAUCGAAGUCGGUGGAGACGAUAAGAUCAGCAAGACUAUGGCUGUCGCUAUUUGGAUAUCUACUCUUUGGCUGACUGAGUUGAUCCCUCUUGUCGUCACUGCAUUCAUGCCACUAUUCCUUUUCCCUAUGUUUGGCAUUGUAAGCUCUGCAACUGUUGCCGGAGCCUACAUGAACAACACUAUCUUCUUGUUUUUGGCUGGGAUGCUUAUGGCUUUGACACUUGAGCGUUGGGACUUACACCGUCGCUUUGCUUUCAAGAUCUUAUCUUGGUGUGGUGCAAAGCCUGGUGCUCUACUGUUCGGCAUGAUGUUUGCGACCUUCAUCCUUUCGAUGUUUGUUUCAAAUACUGCUACAGCAUUAAUGAUGGUACCAAAUGCGAUUCCUAUCAUUGACUGCCUAGAGCGUCAAGCUUCAGUCGAAAACAAGGAAGAAUCCAAGCGAUUUGGUGUUGCAGUCAUGUUAGGCAUCGCAUACGCUGCCAAUGUUGGUGGAAUUGCAAGUUUGAUUGGCACACCACCAAAUCUUGUAUUCCAAGCACAGCUUGAAAUCAUUUAUCCAGAGGCUCCCGAAGUUACCUUUGCUGAUUGGUUCAGCUUUGGAUUUCCUCUCGGUCUUCUCAUUUUCGUCAUUGAAUGGAUCUAUCUACGAUUCUUGUACCUACGCAACUACAGUGGCGCCGUCGUCGACAAAGAUAUCUUUCUCAACAAGUACAAAGAACUAGGGGCAUGGACGUUCGAACAAGUGUAUGUCUCUAUUCUCUUUACAGCCUUGGCUCUGCUUUGGAUCUUUCGCGGAGAUAUGAAUUUCUCUUCUUUCACUCUCAAAGGAUGGACUAGCAUCUUUGCCGAAGGCAAGAUGAUCUCCGAUGCAACGAUAGGUAUGCUGGUUGCAGUCAUCCUGUUUGUCACACCAGCAAAGCCCUGCAAUCUUCCUGGUGCUCCCGCAGAUGCCACGAGCAAACGCACCAUCACGGUAUUGGACUGGGAGACGGCCAAGAAACUCCCUUUCGACAUCAUCUUUCUUUUCGGUGGAGGCUUUGCCCUAGCAAAAGGCUUCGUGGCGUCGGGAUUAUCCACUUGGUUGGGUCAGAGGCUCGUUGUUGAUGCAGUCUCGCUUCCUGUCCAAGUCUUCUUGGUUACAUUUGUAAUUGAGUGGGUAACCUGCUUAACUUCGAAUACCGCCACUUCGAACAUCAUGAUUCCAAUUGCUGCAGAAAUGGCCAAUGCAGCCCAGGUGUCUCCGUACACGAUAAUGAUCCCUGUCACCUUGGCUUGCAGUUGUGCCUUUUGCUUGCCAGUGGCAACUCCUCCAAACAUGGUGGCGUUCUCUUCUGGAUACCUUCCGAUACGUGAAAUGAUGAAGGCUGGCGUCUUCAUGAAUGUUAUUUGCUCGAUACUAAUAGUGGGAUGGACCUUUUCUCUCAUCCCUUCUGCCCUAGACUUGGAGCCUGAUGAGUUCCCUGAAUGGGCUGAGACAGCAUCCUUUGCUGGCUCAGCAUAA